CCUAUGAAUAUGAGGCGGGUAUAAAUUAUGAACAUUGAAAGCGGCCGAUAGAAUGGUAUAGGCAACCCCGUCCCCAAUACCAUCCCGCAUGAAUCAGGUAGUAUCCGGGGAUGAAAUUUGCGUAACUUUUCUAUCUCGCAAUUUGGCCAAAUUUGACCCGCAAAUACGCAAAUGAACACCAAAGCACAAAAAUCCACACCUCAAACGUCGUUUCAAAAAAGUUCAGUACCAAAAUGUCUUUUGUGAGACCUUUUCGAGCUGUCGUACUUCGGAUAAACGCCAAAUUCAAUCGAGUGGUGGCUGUGUCAUCUCAUCAUCUCCAAUCUCCGCCGCUUAGAUCCGUCUCUCAAUCAAUCCAUCUCCGCGAUGGCGGCUAUAUCACUGUUCUGUAGCUCCACCAAAUUCGCCACCACCAUCACUCCAUGGCGGCCCUAACCCUCACUUCUCUCACUAGUUCCUCCCUUCUCAAACCAUCCACUCCUAACCUUGCUUUCUUCACCUCCCGAGCCGUUUCCAAACCUCGCUGCUCAAACACAAGGCCCGUCAUUACCGCCAUGGCCGCGACUCUCAUCGCCGUCGCUCCUCCCAAGGUGGUACCCGCCGUAAUCGUCGGCGGCGGCCGCGUAGGCCAGGCUUUACAAGGCAUGGGCACCGGUCAGGACUUCAUGGUGAAGAGAGGCGACCCUGUUCCAGCUGAUUUCGAAGGCCCAAUCCUCGUCUGCACGAGGAACGACGACCUCGAGGCUGUUCUCGAAGCUACCCCAAAAUCCAGAUGGAGCGAUUUGGUGUUUUUCCAGAAUGGGAUGCUGGAGCCGUGGCUUGAGAGCAAAGGGCUGGGCGAUUCUGCAGGCCAAGUGCUGGCCUAUUUCGCCGUGGCCAAGCUUGGAGAAUCUCCCACCGACGGGAAAACUGACACCAACCCUGAGGGAUUGACCGCUGCGUUUGGGAAAUGGGCGCCUGCUGUUGCCGAAAGGCUGCUCGCCGGUGGCCUGUCUUGCAAGGUUCUUGAUAAAGAAGCUUUUCAGAAGCAAAUGCUGGAGAAGUUGAUCUGGAUAUCGGCUUUCAUGCUUGUUGGAGCUCGCCAUCCGGGAGCAACUGUCGGUUCUGUGGAGAAGGAUUUUCGUUCGGAGGUGUCUAGCCUGAUUAAGGAACUUGCCUCUGCCGCGGCUGAUGAGAAGAACAUAGUGUUCGAUGAAAAUAUAGAGGAAAGAUUGUGUGCUUAUGCAAGGGCAGUAGCCCACUUUCCAACUGCAGUUAAAGAGUUCAAAUGGAGGAAUGGCUGGUUUUAUUCCGUCUCCGAGAAGGCGAUUGCUGGAGGAAAACCUGAUCCAUGUCCCUUGCACACUGCAUGGCUGAAGGAGAUCAAAGUCAUCUAACCAAGUCGCAAUGAGUAGUAAUCAACAGUGUAUUUUAUCCAGUUUAGCUUUCCUUUAGUUAGUCAUAUAGAGAGGGGGUUGAAUCGGGGAAUUUGCCUUGAUUCCUUUGUGUUAGUUGUCUGAUUCCUGAAGUACUCUUAUGUAUGAAGCAUUCAAAAUUAUUGUUAGUGAAAUAUGAUAAAACUUUAUUCAGAAUCCAAUUCAAAUUCUGGAAAUCGAAACACAGGAACACCGAACACAUCAUCAGACUGAAAUAGUACUUUUGCAUGCAACUUAUUGAGAACGAAUUAACAUAUUUGCGAGCAUCUUCGCGAUCAAUCAAGUAAAGCAGGAGCUGGCAUAUCAGUUGUGUCUCUAGUUCAUCAGGAUUUCAUCGGCUGUAGGGAACGAGUGAGACAUAUGAGGUACAUACAGACGGAACAUUGCAGAAACUGUAGUUAGAGCAGAAGAACUGCAAAGAGCAGAGAAAGAAAGAUGUCCUUUUAUA